GGAGCCCGGAAGGCAGCAGGAUGGCGGCGUUGGAUAGUGACAGCGACGAGGACUUGGUCAGCUAUGGGAGAGGCUUGGAGCCACUGGAAGAAGGUGAAAGACCAAAGAAACCAAUUCCUCUUCAGGACCAGACUGUCAGAGAUGAAAAAGGAAGGUAUAAACGGUUUCAUGGAGCCUUUAGUGGAGGGUUCUCUGCUGGGUACUUCAACACUGUUGGCUCAAAAGAAGGAUGGACACCCUCUUCCUUUGUGUCGUCACGACAGAACAGAGCUGACAAAUCUGUUCUUGGCCCUGAAGAUUUUAUGGAUGAAGAGGAUCUUAGUGAAUUUGGUAUAGCACCUAAAGCGAUUGUUACCACGGACGAUUUUGCUUCCAAAACCAAAGACAGAAUACGAGAAAAGGCCAGGCAGUUAGCAGCUGCUACUGCCCCUAUUCCUGGAGCCACUCUGCUUGAUGAUCUCAUAACACCAGCAAAAUUAUCUGUCGGUUUUGAAUUGCUAAGAAAAAUGGGGUGGAAGGAAGGACAAGGAAUUGGUCCUCGAGUAAAGAGAAGACCAUGCCGACAAAAACCUGAUCCUGGAGUAAAAAUCUAUGGCUGUGCAUUACCUCCUGGCGGCUCUGAAGGAUCUGAGGAUGAAGAUGAUGACUACCUGCCAGAAAAUGUGACCUUUGCACCCAAAGAUGUCAUGCCUGUGGAUUUCACACCUAAAGAUAAUGUGCAUGGACUGGCUUACAAGGGCCUGGAUCCCCACCAAGCCUUGUUUGGAACUUCGGGAGAACAUUUUAAUCUUUUCAGUGGAAGACUUGAGGGAACCAGCAAUCUUCUUGGAGAUAUUGGAGUGAAUAAAGGAAGAAAAUUGGGAAUUUCAGGCCAGGCUUUUGGUGUUGGUGCCCUGGAAGAGGAAGAUGAUGAUAUCUAUGCCACAGAAACUCUCUCCAAGUAUGAUACCAUUUUGAAGGACGAGGAGCCUGGAGAUGGACUGUACGGAUGGACAGCACCCAAGCAAUAUCAAAGUCAGAAAGAAUCAGAAAAAGAUCUUCGAUACAUUGGCAAAAUAUUGGAUGGAUUUACCUUGGCUUCUAAACCUUUAUCUUCUAAGAAAAUUUAUCCACCACCUGAAUUGCCAAGGGACUAUCGACCAGUGCAUUAUUUCAGACCUGUGGUAGCUGCAACCUCAGACAACUCCCACUUACUUCAAGUAUUAUCAGAGUCAGCUGGAAAGGCAAUACAUGACCCAGGGACACAUAGUAGGCACCAGCUGAAUGCCUCCAAGCGGGGAGAAUUGCUAGGAGAAACACCCAUUAAAGGUGCAGCUACUUCAGUGUUAGAAUUUCUGUCCCAAAAAGAUAAAGAGAGAAUCAAGGAAAUGAAGCAGGCAACUGACCUUCAAGCGGCUCAACUCAAGGCCAGGAGCCUGGCCCUGAGCGCCUCAGGCAGCAGAGCUCAGCCCUCUUCUCCUGAAGUCGGACACUGCUCUUGGCACCUGGCAUUGAGUGGUGGGACAGCCACCACAAAAGCCAGCAACUUCAAGCCUUUUGCCAAAGAUCCAGAAAAACAAAAACGAUAUGAAAAGUUUUUAGCAAAUAUGAAGCGGGGUCAGAAAGAUGCUCUGGAACACUGUCUGGACCCCAGUAUGACAGAGUGGGAGCGAGGCCGCGAACGGGAGGAGUUUGCUCGGGCAGCCCUGCUGUAUGCACCCUCCCAUUCCACCUUGUCCUCCAGGUUCACGCAUGCGAAGGAGGAAGAUGAUUCAGAUCAAGUGGAAGUUCCUCGGGACCAAGAGAAUGAUGUCAAUGACAAGCAGUCGGCUGUGAAGAUGAAGAUGUUUGGGAAGCUCACCCGAGACACAUUUGAAUGGCACCCCGACAAGCUUCUGUGUAAGAGGUUUAACGUCCCUGACCCUUAUCCAGAUUCAACUUUAGUUGGCUUACCGAGAGUGAAACGUGACAAAUACUCUGUCUUCAACUUUCUGACACUCCCAGAGACAGCUUCCUCGCCUACAGCCCAAGCAUCAAGUGAAAAAGUACCGCAGCACCAAGCUCCCGACAGAUCCAGAAAACCAUCCAGAUGGGAUACAUCUAGGGAUACAUCUAAACAAGGAAAGAAGGAAGAUUCCAUUAGUGAAUUCUUGAGUUUGGCUAGAUCAAAAGUUGGUCCACUUAAACAGGAGUCCAGUCCAUUAGCAAACACAGAGGAAGAGCAAGUGAAGGAAGCACUCUCAGACAAGCUGGUAAACAAAGGUGUGGAUUCACAGACUGAAGGAGAAGAUAGCCGCCCAUCCAUGGACUUAUUCAAGGCCAUCUUUGCCAGCUCCUCUGAAGAAAAGUCCUCAUCCUCUGAGGAUGAGCAGGGUGACAGUGAGGAUGAUCAGGAGGGUACCGGGGAGGCCGGCUUCAAAAGUUCCCAGGAGGCCGACAUGCCAGAAACAUCGUCUGUGGCACACACUAGUGAGCUGGCUCCCCAGGAGCCUGCACCUUCCUUCGUGAUACAGAAGAUGCAAAUUGAUGAAAGAGAAGAGUUUGGCCCACGGCUGCCUCCCGUCUUCUGCCCCAAUGCUCGUCAGAAGCUCGAGCUUCCUCUAAAAGAGAAACAUAAAAAGAACAAAGAAAAACACAAGACCAAGAAAGAACACAGACGGAAGAAAGAGAAGAAGAAGAAACACCGGAAGCACAAACACAAAGGCAAGCAAAAGAAUAAAAAAUCAGAGAAAAGUACUUCUGAGAGUACCGACAGCAGUGAUAGCCAGAGUGAAGAAGGUGCCGCAGACACGUCGCCCCAGGAACUGCUGAGGCGGCUAAAAUGUCUUCCACUAAGAAGACAAUAGUAGAAUUCAGCCCUGGCAUGUCCCCAAACCAGACCUCCUCCAUGAUGGAAGCCCUUUGAUUGCUCAGUUAAUACAUUGUACAGAUUGUAUGUAUGUAAAUUCAUGCUGUAAAAUAAUUUUUUAAACCUUGACAUUUCAAAGGCUGCCUUGGAAGGUUGCAGAAAUUGGUUUCUAUUUUUAACUGGUUAUUGUAAAGGAAAAAGUUUAGACUGUACUGUUUAAUUAAAGUGGAAUUUUUCUAUUUCCUUCUUGGUUUUUUAUUUCCUGAAAUUUAAGAAAAGAAAAGUGAAGACUUGCCCUGGCCGGUGCGGCUCAGUGGAUUGAGUACCGGCCUGUGAUCCAUAAGGGUCGCUGGUU